CAUCACGAGAGAUGGGCAUGUCCUUUCGCGAAAAUAUCCUGGGGGGAUUCCUUUAUGGGUUUGUGCUGCAAAACAUGUGCGUUACUGACAGCAUUCACAACCAUCUUUUUUGCCAAUGAUGAAACAUUUUCACUCUCCCGUCUUCAUCCGCUCGUUCUGAUCAUUCCUUGCAAUAGAAUCGUCGGCGCAAUCACCGUUCAGACCUUCCUGUAUUAUCAUAGGUUCCCUAAGGAUCAUAUUUCUUUGAAAUUCAUCGUCGGAUUCUUAUGGUGAGUGCUGGCUGAUCGAGUGAUUUACGCGAUGCAUGGUGUAGAGUCCGUUGACUUCAUGUUCCAUUUGGAGGCUCACCCAGAUGUUUCAAGUGUAAGUCAACAGCCUCAUCGGAGAUACGUUUCAAGGAUCGUCUCUUCUCCAGGAUAACUUCGGC